ACAUGAAAUUCUUACAUCAACAUGUAUACAUACUAUAUAUAUGAACUUGUCCCUUAGAAACACAUAUAGAUCAUACAAAUACUUUGAAGUUCUCUACAUCAAAGUCUAUUAUAAGGCCAAACAUGAUGCAUCCAAUCACAAAGAUCAUAGCCGUUGUGAUCAUCUCAAUGGUUUCUGGGGCCGCCAUGGGUGCUGAUCCUCAAUCGCCCUACUGCAACAUCAUCCUCGACCACUUGACCCCUUGCCUUCCCUACAUACUUCAAGGUGAGGUGAAUCCAGCCAAGGUUUGCUGUGAUGGUGUCCUGGACCUCGCACAGUAUACAAACGCCAAGGGAGGCCAACAAAAUAUAUGUGACUGCGUCAAGGCUGCAGCAAUUUUGAUGGGGGCACCUGUUGAUAAUUUCUCUAAGAUUUCUUCUCUUCCCAAAACUUGUGGCCUAUCGUUCACACUUCCACCCAUCUCUAGCGGCACCGAUUGUUCCCAGGUUAAGUGAAGACUUGAUGGAAGGCAUAAUGCUUCAGCAGACAAUGGAAUAAAUAAAUAAUUUGUAAAAUGAAAUGUAAAAUGAAUAAUUUGUGCAAUGGUUGCAUAUAAUUA